CAAAGUCCCCAACACAACAACCCAUCUUCCACUCUCUAGUCUGUGUCUGUCUAUCCUAUUAUUAUUCCUAUCCAGAUUUGAGAUUUCUACUCUACUCUUUUCUGAGAGAACAAAGAUAGUCUUUUUGAGGCAUUUCUUUCUGUAACUUUUUUACUAAACUAUCAGUCAGCCCUUAUGGCCUCUACAGUCUCAAUGCAACUGGUGCACUGUCAUGCCACUCUUCCUUCUCUUUUUCAGGGUAGUCAUGGACCAAAUGUGAAUAAUGUGCAUAUGCCACAUGUUGUAUGCGGCUCUACAAGUUUGCACUCAGGCUACUCCCAAGCUCCACGUCUAUGCUACCCUGCAACUGCAAGAGCAUUGACUUCAAAAUCUCACUCUGCCUCUAGUGUUUCUGUCAUACAACUUUCAAGAGCACCUUCAAUUAAGUACAAAAGAAUGGUGUGCUACUCAAUGGCAACUGAACUAGAGCUGCAAGCGAAAGUGACAACCAAGGUCUUCUUUGACGUAGACAUUGGGGGUGAACCUGUAGGUAGAAUUGUAAUGGGCCUAUUUGGAGACGUUGUUCCAAAAACUGUUGAGAAUUUUCGAGCCUUGUGCACAGGAGAGAAAGGCUAUGGCUACAAAGGAUGUUCCUUUCACCGUAUUAUUAAAGAUUUCAUGAUCCAGGGAGGGGACUUCACUGAAGGAGAUGGAACUGGAGGAAUCAGCAUCUAUGGUUCUAAAUUUGAAGAUGAGAGCUUUGCAUUGAAGCAUGUAGGGCCUGGAGUUUUGAGCAUGGCUAAUGCAGGACCUGAUACCAAUGGGAGCCAAUUUUUCAUUUGCACAGUCAAGACUCCUUGGUUGGACAAUCGCCAUGUUGUGUUUGGAAAUGUUAUUGAUGGACUGGAUGUUGUGAGAAAACUGGAAUCCCAGGAGACAAGCAGGUCAGAUAGUCCUCGCUUGCCAUGCAGAAUCAUCAAUUGUGGAGAGCUACCUGUAGGUGCCUGAUUUAUCUGCUGAUGCACGAUGUCCUAAUUAUCACUUUUUGUGACUGUGCAAUUGAUUUAGCAAAAAAUACUAUGUGUGAGAUAUUAUUAAUGUUAGCUGAGGAAAUUUCGGAUGAUUUUAUAUAAGCUAGCAGUAGAGGAGCGUGUAUUAUGAGUAGGGUGGAUCCAAAUUUCAAAUGCAAGGAUUUGGCAUGUGUUGUGGUCAACUAAAUUGUUUCACUUACAUGAAUUCAUAGGCAGUUCACAUACCA